GAGACUCAGACACCAGCCAUAGCGGACGUGUAUCGCGCGUUCGUGCUACUCUUCGCCUUCUAUAAGUGAGAUAGUCGUGACCCAAGGCCAUAUAUUGUUCGCGCACAAGUGACCAUCCGUGAUGACGACCUACCGCAAGAAUUCGCUGGUUGUGGACAUGAACGUCCUGCCAGUAGCUCCAGAUAUCGACAAAAUCAAAGCAUUCCUCACAAAGGACGUUCAGCUGGAUUUUUCUGCUGUACGUAACCUGCAAUGGAACAUCUCCAGGAGCCAAGUGAUCAUCGAGACCGCAACAUCCCAGCUAGCCUACAUGAUUUCUCAGGAACACAACAUGAAACACAGCAUAGCACACCAGAACAAAAAGUACUUCAUCCCCAUUUUUGUGGAAGACGGUGCCACAGAGGUAAAAGUGCACGAUUUACCACCACAAAUGCCCAACCAUCUGAUAGCAUCUCAUCUCCAGCAAUAUGGAGAUGUGAUAUCAAUCCGUGAUGAAGUGUGGAAGGAUUUCUUUCCCGGCAUCCCAAACGGUGUGAGGGUUGUGCGGAUGAAAAUCGUGGCACCGAUACCUUCUUUUUUGGAAAUUGAAAAAGAAACAGCGUACAUAAAGCACAAUCACCAAAUCAAAACAUGCCGAUACUGUUCCAGCAAAUUGCACACGGGACAAAAAUGUAACACUGCAAAGAUGAAGAACACCAAUACCAGCAACACACCACUAGACGCAGAACAACAAAAGAAUCCAACCGAAAACCACUCCCGCAAGAAACAAUUGAGCACGAUAAGCAGACCUCCAAACUCGGCAUCGACACCAGCAUCGAAGAAGAAAAUCCACACCAAAUAACAACACCAAGCAAGAUCGAAAGUUUGAUGGACACAAUCGACUACGAAAAUUUAUUUCAACCACCCAAGUUGAAAGUUUCAACUUCUUCUUUUUGCGUUCAGAAAGCAAGGAGAAAAUUGAAGAAAAAGUAGUGUACCAUUGACGCAACACCUGGCCCAAAAAUGUUAAAAACAAGAAGCCAAAUAAAUGAUUAAGGAAAA